AUGGACCUCGUCCUUCUCUGGGUAUUCCUGCCUCUAGUGACGGUGGCAUGGGGCCAGUAUGGUGACUAUUACUACGGCCCCUAUAACUACGGAGAUAAUGAUGAAUGGGUUAAUGUGUACCGUCAGGGUUUCAACUUCCAGUGCCCACAUGGGCAGGUGAUUGUGGCCGUCAGGAGUGUUUUCAGCAAGAAGGAAGGCUCCGACAGACUGUGGAACUACGCCUGCAUGCCAGCAGCGCAGAGCCUCGGUGAGCCGACAGAGUGCUGGUGGGAAGAGAUCAACAGGGCGGGAACUGAAUGGUAUCAAACCUGCUCAAACAAUGGGCUGGUGGCUGGUUUCCAGAGUCAGUAUUUUCCAUCUGUGCUUGACCGUGAAUGGCAAUUUUACUGCUGCCGCUACAGCCGGAGGUGCCCAUAUUCAUGCUGGUUAACAACAGAAUAUCCAGGACACUACGGAGAAGAUAUGGACAUGAUGAUGUACACUUACGAUCAUUACAUCCGUGGGGCAACCACAACUUUCUCUGCUGUGGACAGGGAUCGUCAGUGGAAAUUCAUUGUCUGCAGGAUGACAGAGUAUGACUGCCCAUUUCAAAAUGUUUAA